AUGCCUCAAGUCUUUGACGACAGUCGUGUCAACAUUGCCGAUGCGAGCUAUGCUACCACCUCACACGGCGACCGCCUCCAAACACAGACACUAGCGUCACGUCUCAGGUCAGAUCCCCCUAGACCUGGUUGCGAGGUAGCAAAAGAAAGUACUGGUACACGCACAGGAACGUUCACUCGUGACGUCUCGACCAAGACGACUGCAACCAAGUUACCUCGUGACGCAUACACUGUUUUGUGGUUGAACACUACCAGCGGAGGGUACACGGCUGCCCAGGAGAGCAUUGAUCAAUGGUUAGAGUCGCCAAUUUCCAAGCUUUCUGCCAUUUGCAAGUUUGGGAGUAUUGACAACAUAAAUAUCGUCCUGACAAAGUCUCUGGAAGCAACGGAGAUUGUGAGGCUCAUCAAGGCGCUGGCCCAGCCCGAGUAUUUCUCAAAUCUCGGAAUCGUGCUCGUCACUGUUCCCCAAAGCCCUAAGCAGGCGGCUCAAGUCGCUGAAGAGCGCUACAACGUGCAAGUGACAUUGCUCGGUAAGCAGAAAGAUCAGGCUGGAAUCUGCAAGUUGUUUUUCUAUUGCGAAGGCAACCCUCAGGUAAGGUUUGAGGGUACAGGCUUCAUGAUCAGUCGGAACACAUUGAUAACUGCGGGUCAUUGUGUUUUCAGUGCUCAAUAUGGGUAUGCCACCAAGAUGGUUGUUUUCCUUGGCUAUCGGGCAGAGGCCAACGGGUCUAUCAAGCAGAGCAGCGAACCAGAGGAGCGCCAUGCAACCAGAAUGGGAGUUCACAAACGGUACCACUCAAAUGCAGCUGAAGCAAACGAUCUGGCAAUAGUAGAGGUGGACCCUCCCUUUUCUGGGGACGUGCAGCCAUUCCGCUUUACUGAUACGCUAGUGGCCGGUACAGAGAUGCUGACGACAGUCGGUUUUCCCGGUCGCGACAGAUACGGAGGCUUUAAAGAGGCAGGCAGGGUCAUGUUUGAGAGCAGUGGCACCGUGACCUGGAACUUAGCUACAAACAAGAUGCUGCAUCACAGGCUUGACACGUAUGGGGGGAUGUCUGGUGCACCGGUACUAUGGGAUGACGAUGAAGGCGGAAUGGUGGUGAUUGGAGUGCACACCAAGUGGGGGAGUAAUGCCAACAACGCCGUCGCUACCAAUGCUCAUGAAGACACUCAUGGGCUCGGCAACGUUAUCACAGCUUUCAUGAGAGCUUUACUCGCCCAAGCAGAUCCUGCGUCGCAAGGGAAUCGUAGCCGCCGGCGCGAGCUUACAGGCAUCAAAACAGCAGUGUCGAGAUUGGCGGAGAUAUCAGUUCAGCUGGACUAA